AUGUCAGAACUUCCCGAGAAUGUAGUCCAUUGGCUAGCCAAUGUAUUAAAGUCUCAAUAUUUAUACUUUGAUAUUGCCUACAGGCAUAUUUACCAGUUUUUGCAAGUACAUUUGAAUAAGAACUUCGGUUUUCGCAUCAGAACUAGUGUUUAUACGUCAAGAACUGGGCAGUCGAGUCUAUUGGUGAACCUUUAUGGAUCCAUAAAAAUAAGGAAUGCACCCGAUAUCCCAGUAACUAUAUGGAUACCUCUAAAUUAUCCGUUUACAUCGAGCUCAUCAGACAAUGAUUGCAAUGGAGUCCCUAUAGUUUAUGUCAAUACAAAUGCAAAAAACGAACGAUUGAGACCAGGAAACUUCAUCGAUGGCCAAGGAAGAUUUUAUCAUCCUUUUUUGACUACUUGGUAUCAAGAAUGCAUUUUACAAGAUUCGAGGUCAUUACAGAUUUUUAAUCUAUUGGAAUUGGUAGAAGUAUUGUACUCUUCGUUUUCCCAAGAGUUUCCAAUUGAAAUAAUCCAUGAAGGGCCUUCAGCUUAUGUUUCUUCAAAUUCUUCUGCAAGUCAAUUUCCCCCAAAGCCGGCAAAGAUUCCUAUUUCAAAAGCGGCAUCACCUCAGACAACUGAUCCACAGGAAGUACAGAAUCCUCUCAAUGAGUCAAAUAUUUUAAAUCAAAAUUCUGGGAACUUUUCGCCUCGUUCAGGGUCUGAAAGGCUCCACGAUCAUGCAUUAAUAAGAAAUGAAUCCAUUCCUCCUAGAUAUCUUUCGCCAUUACCAUUGCCUCAUGAACAGCGAAUGGGGAAAUUUCAUUCCUUGAAUGACAGGGGAAUCCAAAUGGCUUCUUACGGUAAUCUAGCUCCUGAGACCUACCCGAAACAAUCCAAUGAAAAUUUGAUAGAGAAUGCUCAGACAGAUGAUCUAAUUGAUAGGAAUGAUAAUUUGGCAUUAUCAAAUAAUGACGUGCUUAGACCACAAUUAGAAAGGUUAUCACAGGUUAUAAACUUAUGUUUAGAGAAAGAAAGCUCUUCCUUCAAUGAACUCAACAGAGUUGUGCCAGAGAUAAAUAACAAUACUUUGAAAGUUGAUACAAUGUGCAAGCAACUUAAUCAUCAUAAGCGUCUGGCUCAAGAGAACAGUAUAAUAUUGGAUAAACACAUAACGUAUCUCAACCAACAAUUAAAUUCUCUUAGUAAAUUAAACCUAGAAUUGUCUAAUUUGGACGACAUGAACUCGAAAGAGAAAAAUGCAGUUUUCGCUAACUUGAAAUCUUCAGUUGAGUUAGAUAAUUUAAUAAUACCUGACCUGCAACUUGUGAAGCAAUUAUAUAAUAUAGUUUGUGAUAUUAAAGCUACAAAAGACACUGUGAGCUUAAUUAGUGGAAGCUUCCAUUCGCAACAAGAAUUAAUUUCGAAUGGAACCAUCGAUAUUUGUCUUAAGUCAGUACGCUCAUUAGGAAGAGAACUUUUUUGGCUUGAGCUCAUGAAAUCAGAAAUAUCGGAAAAUGUAAUGGGACUUUGA